ACCCCAGCUGUUGCACCUGUUCCUCUUCGUGCUAGUGAGUUCCAGAUAGAGGAUUAAUCUCCUCAACAACAAAGCCCGGAAUGGCCACAGCCCUGGAACCUGAGGAACAGAAUGGACUUCUGAUGAUAAAGGUAGAGGACCAUUACUCCGUUUCACAAAAGUACAGUCCUCACAGGAGAGACCUCUUCAGGCAGCGCUUCAGGAAGCUCUGCUAUCAGGAUGCACCUGGACCCCGUGAAGCUCUUACCCAGCUCUGGGAGCUUUGCCGCCAAUGGCUGAGGCCAGAGUAUUAUACCAAGGAGCAAAUUUUAGACCUGCUGGUGCUAGAACAGUUCCUGAGCAUUCUUCCCAGGGACCUGCAAGCAUGGGUGCAAGCACACCAUCCAGAGACUGGAGAGGAGGCGGUGACUGUGCUGGAGGAUCUGGAGAGAGAGCUUGAUGAACCCCGAAAGCAGGUCCCAGCCAAUUCAGAAAGACAGGAUAUACUGUUGGACAAGUUGGUCCCCUUGGAAAAGCCACAUGAGUCACUGACUGACCAGCUCCAUCCCAAGAAGACCCAGCUGGAGCAGGAAUCUAGGGAGUCCCAAAGGAAUGGUGAUAAAACCAAGACUAAGAAAGAAGAGUUGAACCAGAAGGAGGAUAUGCCCAAAGACAUGGAAUUCCUUGAGGAGAUAAACAUUAGAUUUAACAAAGAGGUUCCUCAGCAUCCUGAAUCCAGAGUUGCUAUUGAAAGUGAGGGCAGGUUAGAGUGGCAACAGAGAGAAAGAAGACGGUAUAAAUGUGAUGAAUGUGGAAAAAGUUUCAGUCAAAGCUCAGACCUUAGUAAACACAGGAGAAUUCACACUGGAGAGAAGCCCUAUAAAUGUGAUGAAUGCGGAAAAGCCUUCAAUCAACGCUCACAUCUUAUUGGACAUCACAGAGUACACACUGGAAUGAAACCCUAUAAAUGUAAAGAAUGUGGGAAAGAUUUCAGUGGACGCACAGGUCUUAUUCAGCAUCAGAGAAUCCACACAGAAUUCACAGAUUGACAGGAAUUGUGACCACAAACCCAGCACUUUCAAAUUCACAGAACCAUCAAGAUCCCAAAAAUCUCUGGUUCCCUGGUGGGUUCUAGAAAUAGCCAUCACCAAAACAGUCAGCAAAGAAGUGAUCUAAUCUCUUCAUAUCACUUGACAAUAUUAAUUAUGCACACUGUAUUUUGUAUUGUGUUUGAGAUCAGGAAAACCAUCAGAAUC